AUGGAGUUGGAUGUCGACCGUGAAGGAUGCGUGCAAGCCGCAACCAAAACCUUGCAGGACACUCAAUGCCCAGAGAUUUUAAUUUUCGACGAGCAUGGCGAAAACCAUCGUCUGUAUGAACCCGGCUUGGAGUCGAUGUCCACUGCGCUCCCUGCUCUCCCGUACCCUUCAACGCAGGAAUCUGCCACACUGAAUGAAUAUGCCUUCAUUCAGCCUCCAUCCUAUGCACGCACCAUCUACUGCAAAGAGAAGCAAAUUUUCGGCAGCGAUCGAGCACUCGUUGGCCGCCAGCUUGCCGCCGAUGCCUGGGCAGAACACCGUUUGUUGGCAGAACGAAGAUUGGGUUUUCGCGUCGCUACCAAUACCGUCAAUCCUACCACUGCGCGCGGCCAGCUCCCACCCCAAUCGUCCAAGCAGCAAACUAACGAACAACCCGCGUCACAAGAAGGCUUGAAAGGCUUCCAACAUGAACAGACACCAGACGAGUCGCCGCAGGACUCCCUCAUCGCUGCUCCUGGCCCCAGUAAUCUCGAUGUUGUCUCAGUAAAUCGCACGAACGAAGAUGGUGAGGAAUCGGCGGGGGCGAAACAGAUUUCAAGUUCUCCGGCGACUAUAGCAAUUCAGACCCUUCCAGUUGUUUGUCCCGUUCCGGAUGCAAGUGCGACUGAGGCAACCGGCAAAACUCCCUCCAGAAAGCGCGUCCGUUCUAUCCAGCCUGUUAUGCCUGGUAUGACAACACGGAGACGAGCGGCAGCGGCUGCGGCUGCAGCUGCCUCGGCCAACCCUUCGAGUUCUACAUUGACAUCAACAUUAGCGCCAAUUCUGCUGCCAGAAACUACCGUUCAAAGAAAACAACAUUCCGUCGACUCAGCGGAUGAAGAGAUCCAAGCCACUGCGAAACGCAAAAAGCCGAACGAUGUUGCAGACAAUGGAACGGUCGGACCUAGUGUCACUCAGAGUAAAAGUAAGGGUAAGAAGAAAGCCACCAAAAGAUCGAAAAAGAGGUCAGGUAAAACGGGAGAGUCCUCCUCGAAAAGUGUCAUAUCUGCUGAUGACCAAGAUGCGGCUGAUGCUUUGACUGCACUCUCGAGAUCGCAUAUAACCGACAACAACUGUGCGGGGCCAAGCGGGUUCACUGAGAAACCAGUCGCCAUCGACAGCAAUGCCAUAGGGGACAUUAUUUUAGAAGACGCCAAUGGCAAGGAGGAAAAUGUGUUGAAAGUGGAGGAAGAUGUCGCCCUCGCGUUGGACACAAAUGACGAGCCUUCUAUUAUCGCUACGGGUGGUUCAGUCGGAAACAUUGGAACCACAAGUGAUCCAGACACACUUUUCACUGCUUCAACUGAAAUUUCGAUUGACGAUGACUCGAAUAGGAUUGAUGUCGGUGUUGAUAUUCCACAAGAGGCUGGAAGCGUGGAGGACAGCCUGCCGCAAAUUGAAGAAGUCGUCGCUCCAGAGUCUAAUAUUGAGCUUGCCAUCGACUCAAGUAUUCUUGCGGCAGGUGGCUUGUUAACAGAAAACAGUGGAUUUGAAUCGAACCCAUCAUUUGCUGCUCUAGUUAACGAACCAUUCGAGGAUUCUAACACCAUCAACGAUGACGAAAAGCAGCCUACAACGGAGCCGCUAACGACGACGAUGGGUGAAACAUUGGACUCUGAUCAGGAUGCAACAUGGGAGUGGGAUGAGGACGAUUCGAAUGGAGAUGUCGACGCAGAGGGAGAGCCAGAUUCGGACGUCGAAAUGGAUGUCGUGUAA